UUCCGGUUUCCGGCGAGAGGGCCAGAGGAGAAAGAGAGAGCGCGAAAGAGAGAGGAUGUCUCUCUCAGACUGGCAUCUGGCAGUGAAGCUGGCUGACCAGCCACUUGCCCCAAAGUCUAUUCUUCGGUUGCCAGAGACAGAACUUGGAGAAUACUCACUAGGGGGCUAUAGUAUUUCAUUUCUGAAGCAGCUUAUUGCUGGCAAACUCCAGGAGUCUGUUCCAGACCCUGAGCUGAUUGAUCUUAUCUACUGUGGCCGGAAGCUAAAAGAUGAUCAGACCCUUGAUUUCUAUGGCAUUCAGCCCGGGUCCACGGUUCAUGUUCUGCGCAAAUCCUGGCCUGAGCCUGAUCAGAAACCAGAACCUGUGGACAAAGUGGCUGCCUUGAGGGAGUUCCGGGUUCUGCACACUGCUUUGCACAGCAGCUCCUCCUACAGGGAGGCGGUCUUUAAGAUGCUCAGCAACAAAGAGUCUUUGGAUCAAAUCAUUGUGGCCACCCCAGGCCUCAGCAGUGACCCCAUUGCUUUGGGAGUUCUCCAGGACAAGGACCUCUUUUCUGUUUUUGCUGAUCCUAACAUGCUGGAUACAUUGGUACCUGCUCACCCAGCCCUGGUCAAUGCCAUCAUCCUGGUUCUGCACUCAGUAGCAGGUAGUACCCCAAUGCCAGGAGCUGACUCCUCUUCCCGAAGCAUGCCCUCCAGCUCGUACAGAGAUAUGCCAGGUGGCUUCCUGUUUGAAGGGCUCUCAGAUGAUGAGGAUGACUUUCACCCAAGCACCCGAUCUACACCCUCUAGCAGCACAUCCAGCUCUCGACCAGCCUCCCUGGGAUACAGUGGAGCUGCUGGACCCCGUCCCAUCACCCAGAGUGAACUGGCCACUGCCCUGGCCCUGGCCAGCACGCCAGAAAGCAGCUCUCACACACCAACUCCUGGCACCCAGGGCCAUUCAUCAGGGACCUCACCAAUGUCUUCUGGUGUCCAGUCAGGAACGCCCAUCACCAAUGAUCUCUUCAGUCAAGCCCUCCAGCAUGCCCUGCAGGCCUCUGGGCAGCCCAGCCUUCAGAGUCAGUGGCAGCCCCAGUUGCAGCAGCUGCGUGACAUGGGCAUCCAGGAUGACGAGCUGAGCCUGCGGGCCCUUCAGGCUACUGGUGGGGACAUCCAAGCAGCCCUGGAACUCAUCUUUGCUGGAGGAGCCCCAUGAACUCCCUGCUCCUUCUGAACCCCCAGCAAGUUACAGAGGCUGCUGAUGAUGAUGGGAGACACUUGUGAAGAUGUCUCCAUUUCUCUUCUCCCCAAUAUACCUGAUGGUCAUCAACUCUCCUGCUUUGUCCAGUGUUUGGCCUUUCUGGCUGAUCUGAGCUGGUAGAGGCAGGGGGGCAAGCAGAGUGUGCGGUCUUGGUGCUGUGGCAUCAGGGAGCAGGGUUGGCCCCUGGUUCUGGGCCCCAAAUAGAGGAUUUUAGAUCCACA